AGCGCACCCUGCAUGCUGGGCACUGUGGCCUGUCCCGCCGUGCUGCCACUUGUUGAGUCAACUUUGCGUGUCGCCUUGGGGACUUCUCGCCAUACUGAGCCUGUGGGCCACAGCCCUUUCUGGGACUCAGAGUUUGUUAUUUUGUACCCAGAGAGAAGCAGGAAGUUUGACGAGAUAGAACGGUCUGGUCCGUUAAGGGAGUCCCAAGUGUGGACCUUCCCCAAAGACCUGUGGAAGAGAUACACAGCUCUGGAAGCUACCUGGGAAUGGGGCAGUCAUCUCUAAAACAGACCCCUGAGAUUUAACUAAGACUUGUCAAUGGCGUGGGCCUGCUGACAUCCUGCAUUCUGGAAAUCUACUGCCCAUCAAUGUAGACUGAGGACGGGUCAUGACCAUGGUCACCCUCAUCACUGAGAAGCUACAGAACCAGAGUCUUGAUGACCUCACCCGCAAGGCCUGUGAGGCCAGCCCAUAUUCUGCCGAGAAACUGAAUAAAGGUAGCCAUUUGCUCCCUUUGGAAAUUGGCGUGGACCAGAGCCCCUGGAAGGCCUUACGUGGAGGACAACCCAUUGGAAGCCAGGCAACCUCAAGCCCCUUCCCACUGGGCCCACAUGGUGUAGCUCAUACUGAAUUUCUUCAGUGGAAGCCUGAGACCCCAGGCUCCCUGGGUGUGGGCAGUUUUUUGGACCUCUGUGAGAACACAGGGCCACCCACAGCACCACCUACCAAACGGCACUGCCGGUCCCUGUCAGAGCCGGAGGAGCUGGCACGCUGCCGUUCCCCAUGGCGUCCCAGCAGCUCCAAGGUCUGGACCCCUGUCUCCAAGAGGCGAUGCAACAGUGGUGGGAGUGCCACAUUACAGCGCUGCAGUGGCCUCAGGAGCCCAGCCCUGCAGGGAUGCCUUGGCACAGGCCUGCCCAGGAGUUCCGUGUCACCUGCUGGCCCCACCUCACCCCUAACACCCCGGCCAGCCUCUGCCAGCAGUGGUUUUGUGGAUAGCAGCGAGAGCAGCAUAAGCUCUGGCCUGCCCUGGCGUUCUGCAGGGCCCUGUCCACUCUCCUCCAGGCGCCGCUUGUCCCUCUCACAGGAGCACCUUGCAGAUGCAGAGGCCUGCCAGCCUUCAGCCAACAGCACCCCCACGUCCACACCUGAGCUAGGCCGGCGUCAAGGCCUGCUCAGAUGCCGCUCACAGCCAUGUGUGCUAGGUGGGAGGAGGGGCCGCUGUAAGCGGAGGCGGGAAGAGGAUGCCAGGUGGACACGCCCAUCCUUGGACUUUUUGAAAAUGACACGGACUUUAAAAAACUCGAAGAGCCUUUGCUCCCUUAACUAUGAAGAUGAUGAGGAGGAUGACACCCAGGCGAAGACGGUUGUGUCCUCCCCGUGUGACUCACAGGGCCUCGUGGGCAUCAUCACAUCUGGCUCCAGCCCAAGGGUUCCUAGGCCUUGCCCUGCCAGCACCAGCCCAUGGGCCUCAAGGGAGCCAUUGGCCAUUGCAGGCGAGGGUGGGAGCAGUGGGGAUCCCAGUGACUGUGACAGUGCGGGGGAAGAGGGCAUCUUCCCACUGGACCACAGUGACCUGGACCUGGAGCAGAUUGAGAACAACUGACAUGUGGCUAAGCAGUAGUUGCCUCCCUGGUACCCGACUGCUGGAGAUAGAAUUUGUGUUAUUUUGAACAUUGAAACAUAAUUUUGAUUCAGUUUUUUCCUAAAGAAGUAUUUUGCAUUUUUAUGGCGUUUACAGUUCGGGAGAGCUUCUCUAUUUUGAAAUGAGUUUUCA